CGAGAAUUUAAUGAAAACAAAUUUGCGAAAUGAUUACAGGGAGUGAAGUAAAAUACAAAAAAGUCCUAGUAUGGGAAAGUAUCAUUGUUCUAGGGACAUUUCAUGUUAUAAGUACUUAUGCACUAUGGCUUAUUCUUUCGUUACAAAUAGGUUUGAAAACCUUGAUAUUCACCUGGUUAAUGGAAAUACUGGCAAUUCUCGGAUCAACGGCGGGCUCCCAUCGAUUAUGGUCUCACAGAUCGUACAAAGCCAAAUGGCAGUUGAAAUUGUUUCUGGCUGUGGCUCAAACAGUGGCUUUUCAAAAAACCAUCUUCGAAUGGGCAAGAGAUCAUCGAAUUCAUCAUAAAUACACCGAAACCGAUGCGGAUCCUCACAAUGUUAAAAGAGGAUUUUUCUUCGCUCACAUGGGUUGGCUUUUCGUUAGAAAACAUCCGGAUGUUAUCGCGAAAGGAAAAACUAUCGAUUUAAAUGAUAUUUAUUCAGAUAGAAUCGUGAUGUUGCAAAGGAAAUACUACUUUCCGUUAGUGCUAGUUUUAUGCUUUGCUAUACCAACAUAUAUUCCAAUCUAUUAUUGGGGAGAGACUUUUUCGAAAUCGUUCAGUAUGAACGUUCUGAGACACGUCAUCGGUAUCAACAUAACAGGUUUAGUUAACAGUAUAGCACACACGUGGGGAUACAGACCCUAUGACAAGAACAUAGCGCCUUCUGAAAGCCUGUUAUGUUCGUUGUUCACCUGCGGAGAAGGUUGGCACAAUUUUCAUCACGCUUUCCCGUCGGAUUACAAAACUGGAGAGUUGGGUUUCGGCUUUAUAAAUUUGACAACUGGUUUUAUUGAUUUAAUGGCAAUUCUUGGUUUAGCUUAUGAUUUGAAAACCGCUUCAGAGGAAUUGAUUCGAGCUAAAAUGGCUAAUAGAGGUGACGGGACUAGGCCGUACUUGCAUUGAAGUUAAAGAAACCGUUUUUGUAUUUCAAACUGUAUUUCAACUUGUAUUUCAAUA